AUGCAGCUCUCCAGAAGCUCCCUGUUCCAGGUGUGUUUAAGUCUGGUGGCUACCAUUGGUUCCUGCCACUGUAAACCUAUCAACAAUGACAUCAGAAGGAACAUGGAGGAACUCUACUCUCAGCUCUCAGAGGACCUUCUGGAAGAGGAAGAGACAGAUUCGAGGAUGGAGAACCUCCUGGGAACCAUGAAGGAGGGUUUUCUGAGACAGCUCAACUUGUCAGACGUUCCUCAGGAGCACAGCAAGAUCAUCCCCCCUCAGUUCAUGAUGGAACUGUACAACAAGUAUGCCUCGGACACCUCGGCAGCCCCUCAGUCUGAUGUCAUACGAAGCUUCACUGUGCAAGAUUUUACUCUCUCUAUGACGAAUGGGACAAAGUCAAAGUACAGGCUGCAGUUCAACAUCAGCAUCCCCAGCCAUGAAAAGAUCACAACUGCUGAGCUGCAGCUUUUCUUCUUCCCAAACUUCAGGCCAAGAGUCACCUCCCACAGUUUCAAGAUCAUGGUUAAAGUCUACGAAGUCGAUACGAACAAUUUCACAUCCUCGGCCCAACUGCUGGUGGGCAAAGAGGUGGCAGGCUCUCAGAGCACAUGGACAACGUUUGAUGUGACCACGGCUAUUCAGAGCUGGAUCAAGUCAGGCCCUGCACCAACUGUUUUUGACGUAGCGGUGGAUAUGAAAGAUUGUGGGGAUUCUGGAAGCGGGGCGGCAGGGGCCAGCUGUUUAAACAUGAGCGUGUCCGUCGGCGAUAAUACCUCUGCGGCUUUGAUUGUCUUCUCAAAUGACCUCAGUAACAGGAGGAGGGAGAUGAAGAAGGAACUAAGAGAGAUGAUCCUUCAUGAAGAAGAAACCAUCCUACAUUCAGGGGCUGACUGGAACAGAGGAUAUCAGCUACCAAACGAGAUCCCUGAUUCUCAGCACCCACAGAGAACAAAAAGACGAGCACCGAGGGAAUACUGCCGGCGGACCUCGCUCAAGGUCAACUUUAAAGACAUUGGCUGGGACAGCUGGAUAGUGGCGCCUCGGGAAUAUGAUGCCUUUGAAUGUCGCGGCCAGUGUUACCAUCCACUGACGGAUGAGUCAUCUCCAUCAAAACACGCCCUUAUCCAGACGCUGAUGAACAUCAGGGACCCCAAGAAGGCCAACAUGGCAUGCUGCGUCCCAAUCCAACUUGACCCCAUCACAGUCAUGUACCAGGAGAAUGGGCGCAUCACUAUAAGAUAUCUGUAUGAAGAGAUGAAGGUAGCAGAGUGUGGCUGCAGGUAG